GUGUGUCUGAACGGUUUGUUGUUUCAACAUCAUUCAGUCAGUGAGAGGAAGCAGCUCCACUUUACCUCAGACAUGAAGAAGUAAUAUAAUUUAUUUUCAUUUUUAUUUUUAACGUUACACCAUUUCUGUGUCCGCGCAUGCCGUAAUGUACAGAAGGAGAAUCUUGUGCGGAAGGAAAACAUACAUGUUGCGGGAGUAUUUCGGCAGAGAAAGGAAAGCCAAGCUGGCUAACUUUUGCUAGCUAGCAAGCUAAUCCGUUAGCAGCGCAUCUUAUUGAGCUAGCUGAACUAAGCUAAGCUAAAAUCCUGAGGAUGCUGCGGUGGAUACGGCAACAGCUGGGUUUCGACCCACCGCAUCAAAGUGACACCAGAACCGUUUACAUCGCAAACCGCUUCCCUCAGCACGGACAUUACAUUCCACAGAGGUUUGCGGAUAACAGAAUCAUCUCCUCCAAGUACACCAUAUGGAACUUCAUUCCCAAAAAUCUGUUUGAACAGUUCAGAAGGAUAGCCAAUUUUUAUUUCCUCAUCAUCUUCCUUGUCCAGUUAAUGAUAGACACACCAACUUCCCCAGUGACAAGCGGACUUCCCUUGUUUUUUGUCAUUACUGUAACUGCCAUUAAACAGGGCUACGAGGACUGGCUGAGACACAAAGCCGAUAAUGAAGUAAAUGGUGCUCCGGUAUUUGUGGUGCGCAGUGGCAGUUUGGUGCAGACUCGCUCCAAGAAUAUACGAGUCGGAGACAUAGUGCGAGUAGCGAAAGACGAGACGUUUCCGGCUGAUCUGGUGCUGUUGUCUUCAGAACGAGCAGAGGGGACGUGUCACAUCACAACGACUAGUUUAGAUGGAGAGACAAAUCUGAAGAUUCACUACGCAGUGCCGGAGACGGCUGUGUCCCAAUCCGUGUCCCAACUCGAGGCCCUGCAGGCUGUGGUGGAGUGCCAGCAGCCUGAACCUGAUUUAUACAGAUUUGUUGGGAGAAUCACAGUAACACAAUAUGGGGAAGAGAUUGUCAGACCUCUAGGACCAGAAAACCUCCUGCUUCGAGGAGCACGACUGAAAAACACCAAAGAGAUCUACGGUGUGGCCGUGUACACAGGCAUGGAGUCCAAGAUGGCUCUGAAUUACAAGUGCAAGUCCCAGAAACGCUCAGCAGUGGAGAAGUCGAUGAACACGUUUCUCAUCAUCUAUCUGGUUAUCCUGCUUUUCGAGGCUGUCCUCAGUACCAUUUUGAAAUACGCCUGGGAAGCGGAGGAGAAAUGGGACGAGCCGUUCUACAACCAGAAGACGGAGACGGAACGCAACAGCAGCAAGAUUUUGCAGUUCAUCUCCGAUUUCUUGGCCUUCCUGGUUCUGUACAACUUCAUAAUCCCCAUUUCGCUGUACGUCACUGUGGAGAUGCAGAAGUUUCUGGGUUCCUUCUUCAUCGGCUGGGACCUCGACCUCUACCAUGAGGAGAGUGACCAGAAAGCCCAGGUCAACACCUCUGACCUCAACGAGGAGCUGGGGCAGGUGGAGUACGUUUUUACUGACAAGACAGGAACAUUGACCGAAAAUGAGAUGCAGUUUCGUGAAUGCUCCAUCAACGGUGUCAAAUACCAAGAGAUCAACAGCAGACUGGUCCCUGAGGGAAUGACGGAGGACGUCCUAGACGCAGGCUCUGUUUCUCACCUGAGCAGGGAAGAGGAGCUGUUCCUGAAAGCAGUCUCUCUGUGCCACACAGUUCAGAUCAGUUAUGAUCAGGCAGACGGCGUGUCCGAUCCAUUCUCACACGCGAAUGGAUUCACAUCUCAGAUGGAGUACUACGCCUCGUCUCCUGAUGAGAAAGCCCUCGUGGAAGCCACCAAGAGGAUGGGCAUCGCCUUCGCAGGAAGUAACGGAGAAAACAUGGAGAUCAAAACAUUCGGCAAAUCAGAAAAGUAUAAACUUCUUCAUGUGUUAGAGUUUGACCCAAACCGAAGGCGCAUGAGUGUGAUAUUACAGACUCCAUCAGGGGAGAAAGUGUUGUUCACUAAAGGAGCCGAGUCCUCUAUUCUUCCCUACACCAAGAGUGGAGAGAUCGAGAAGACCAGAGUACACGUGGAUGAAUUCGCCCUGAAGGGUUUGAGGACACUGGUGGUGGCCUACAGGCUCUUCAGUGCGGAGGAGUAUAAGGAAGUGGAGCAGCGGAUCCACGAGGCUCGAACGGCUCUCCAGCAAAGAGAAGAGAGGCUCAUUGAUGCCUUUAACUUCAUCGAGAAAGACCUGAAGUUGCUCGGAGCCACUGGAGUGGAAGACAAGCUGCAGGAGAAGGUCCAGGAGACGAUUGAGGCUCUGCGAUUGGCUGGAAUUAAAGUGUGGGUGCUAACGGGAGAUAAACAUGAGACAGCGGUCAGCGUGAGUCUCUCCUGCGGCCACUUUCACCGCACAAUGAACAUCUUGGAACUUGUGCAGCAGAAAUCUGAUCACGAGUGUGCAGAGCAGCUCCGCAGACUCGCACGCAGGAUCAAAGAGGACCAUGUGAUCCAGCACGGGUUGGUGGUGGAUGGUGCAAGUCUGUCUCUGGCUCUGCGUGAACAUGAGAAGCUCUUCAUGGAAGUGUGUAAGAACUGCUCUGCUGUGAUCUGCUGCAGGAUGGCACCACUGCAGAAAGCCAAGGUGGUUCGCUUGCUGAAGACGUCCCCAGAGAAACCCAUAACAUUAGCCAUUGGAGAUGGAGCCAAUGAUGUCAGUAUGAUCCAGGAGGCCCAUGUAGGAAUAGGUAUCAUGGGGAAAGAGGGAAGACAAGCUGUGCGAAACAGUGACUAUGCAAUCGCUAGGUUUAAAUUCCUCGCCAAGUUACUGCUCGUCCACGGACACUUCUACUACAUUCGAAUAGCAACCCUCGUGCAGUACUUUUUCUACAAGAAUGUGUGCUUUAUCACACCGCAGUUUUUGUACCAGUUCUUCUGUCUGUUUUCACAACAAACGUUGUAUGACAGUGUGUAUCUCACGUUCUACAACAUCUGCUUCACCUCCCUCCCCAUCCUGGUGUACAGUCUCUUUGAACAGCUGGUUCAUCCUCACAUUCUACAGAGCAAGCCAGCACUUUACAGAGAUAUCAGUAAGAACUCACUGCUGUCCUUCAAAACCUUUUUGUAUUGGACGAUCCUGGGCUUCUGCCACGCCUUUGUCUUCUUCUUUGGCUGCUACAUCCUGAUGGGAGAGGACACAAGUCUGAUGGGAAAUGGACAGAUUUUGCGAGCUAACAGGCAGCUGAUGUUUGGAAACUGGACUUUCGGUACAUUGGUGUUCACCGUCAUGGUCAUUACAGUAACCUUAAAGUUGGCGCUGGAGACACACUUCUGGACAUGGAUGAACCAUUUUGUCACAUGGGGCUCCAUCGCGUUCUACUUCAUAUUCUCCUUGUUUUAUGGGGGAAUUAUAUGGCCAUUUCUCCACACGCAGGACAUGUAUUUCGUCUUUGUCCAGCUGUUGUCCAGCGGCUCAGCCUGGUUCGCCAUCAUCAUCAUCGUCAUCACCUGCCUGUUCCCCGAUGUCAUCAAGAAAGUGUUUUACAGACACCUACACCCCACCAGCACACAGAAGUCUCAGAUGUACUCCAACCGAGUCGCUAUAGGUGAUGACUUCAUCGCUCUGCAGCCACUCUCCAGAGCCAAGAAUCAGCUGGGCAAGAUUAGUGUAACGAGGCGUACCAAGGCAUUGCCUGUAUGGACUCGGUGUCUUGUUUCCCAGAAGGCCGUGGUAUCUGUGGCUUUCUGGAGCGACUGAAGCGAGCCAACAGAUCGUGGAGUGACACAGAUCCGUUCUCCUCCAACGACCACAGCGUUUUGACACUCUCUCCUGUGGAAGCCUCUCACUGCUAGUUUAUAAAGAAGUCAUCGUCAUCAUAAAGAGGGAAAACAUUUUGACCACGGAAGAAUUGUGAAAUCUUUUUUUGUUUUUUUCGAUUUGUAUGCACCUCAAUCAGAACGGACUGUCCUUCCUGAGGAAACAUGUCUGAAGCCAUAAAAGUCUCUGUAUUACUCCUGUCCUGUCAUGAGGCAUUAGCUCCAGAGCUCUAGUCCUGAUUCUGACAUCACCUCCUGAAGGAAGCCGACUCAUCAGCUUCAGCUCCAUCCAUCCUUCACCUUAUUUAUGCACUUAUGCUUUAAGUUCUUCCAUGAUCCUCAUUUAAUUACUGUGCACACACUGUGUUCUUAUUAUUUUUCUUCUUUUUGUGUGUGUUGUGUUGUGUGUAUCUUCUGAGUGAGCCUGUAGACUGUGUGCUCCUCAGAUUUCAGAGGCCUUUGGGUUACUAUGGCAACCGUUUUUUAAAGUCACUUUAGAAACAUGCUUUAUAUCAGAAGGUCAGGAAUAGUUCAGCCAAAAAUAAAAUAAUUUCUUUACUCCAAAUGUCGAGCAGUUAAAACAUUUUAAAUGCACAAAGUUUGCUGCAUUUUUUUUUUUGUUGCACUGGAGCUAUAAGGCUAAUGUAUAAUGUAGAUCUACCAUUUUAGCAUUGUGCAUCAUAUAAUUAUUUUUAUUAGGGACACAUUGAUACAGCCACUGGUAUAAGGUGUCAGUCUAAUAACAUGCUCAUUUACAUUUUCAAAAAAAAACAACUGUUACCAACAUCUGAUACUAUGUGACAUGCGCUUUGGGUAUGAUGUUGCACUAAUUAAACAUAAAAGUUGGAGAGAAAAAAAUAAAAAUUUGAACUAUUUAAUCUGAAUCACAACUCUGCCUUUAAACUUUAGGCAACGCCCCUUUAGGAAUCUAACGCCAAACUGUGUUGGGAGAGAAUACAAGUCAGGAUUUUGCGCUACAACUAUAUUUAGCUCGUUGAUGAUAACCGUGCCAGAAACUCGUAUCUAUUAGCGUUCGUUAUUUAUAUAGUUUAAUUGUAGCUCCAGCACAAAACUAGACAAGCAAACGUGUCUUGGCUGGUUAUGUCCUGGUUGAUUUUGGCCGAGUUUUUUCCUUUACUUUGGGAUUUUCUCAGUGAACGCACCAACUGAAGACUUUCAGUCCUGUUCUAUAUAUUUAUAAGUGUAAUAAAUUGAUAAAUCCUAAUAUAUUAAUACAGAGGAAUUCUUGAGAGGUCACAUCUCUGACAUGAGACUGGAUGUAAAACUAUAGUUUGCUUUUGUUUGUUUGUUUAAUCUUAUGUGGGAUGACUGGAGAGACUGUAGACAUAUCAGACGCGGAAUCGUAAUAAUUUUUCUCUCAGUUACGUACUUCUUGUUUAGUUCACCACUUUUUAUGUCAGGGAACAGGCCAGGCAUCAUCAACAGCUGACUCGAUUCAUGUUAAUAUAUCCACACUCGGCUGCCAGGUUAUUAGUGACAGUGUUCUAGCUAAUAAACUGAUUGAUAGCUCAGUGCGUGUGUGUUCCUCAGAGACAGUAGCAAUAAGAAUCUCUGGACCGAGGACCGUCCACUCCAGCUGAGAGUCCAGAGCUUCACUUCCAUGGUUUUCCAUUUAAAGUAAAAAAUGGUGAAGUGUGUUACUGUAAUUGUCCUCUCCUAACAGUGAAAGUGUUCAAUUGUUGUUUAUGGACAUUCUAUUUACAGAAAAUAAAGCUGUUUUUAAAGAAUA